AUGACUCUGGAAGAUUUAGCGGGAGAUAAAGCUACAGAAAGAGACCCCGACAGUGUGGUAUUGUGCCUGUUGGCGACGGACGAGGUGGAGGACCAGGACAUCACCCUGCAGAUUCACUUCACUCUCAUUCAGGCGUUCUGCUGUGAGAAUGACAUUAGCAUUUUACGAGUCACUAACAUGAGUCGGCUGGCAGAAAUCUUGGACACCGGCGUGGGCAGUGGGGGCACUGCGGAACCACUCGACCUACAUUGUGUUUUAAUCACUAAUCCUCAAGCAUCACCGUGGAAGGAUUCUGCACUCAGUAAGGUGAUAUGCUUUUGUCGAGAGAGUCGAUUUUUGGACCAGUGGGUGCCUGUGAUCAAUUUGCCUGAACGUUGACAGAUCUGUUAUAGCAUUCAGCAGAAUAUACAGGAUUUCAAAAGGAUUGUGUAACUUAAGUUGCUCAGGAAGAACCUCCACAUGCUGAAAAGUUACAAAAUGUUAACUUGGGACAAAAUGGUUAAA